AUGGCCCCCACUACGAAGUCCGCUACCGCGCACUUCCAGCUGCUGAAGCUGUCCACGCAGAUCAAGUUGGGGGAGCUCACCAAGCACGAGCGGAAGCUGGAGACGCACUACACCGAGCUGCUGGCGAAGACGGGGCUGGAUGGGGAUGACGUAACGCCUUCAGCAGAUGCAGAGCAAGCUCGGAAGAAGCUGGAGGGUCUCUACGAGGGCGUGAAGGACCUGCAGGUUGUGCAGACCAACGUGCACGAGGGCCUGGAGGACAUCGGGGGACUGGUCGAGUUCGCAGCCGCCGACCCGUGGAGCACGGAGACGGUGGUCGAGCAGCGCAAGCAACAGAUCCUGAGGGAGGUCCGACAGCGUCGGAGUCUCUGGCAGCACAACAAGCUGCUGGGGGAGCUGCUCAUGGAGUCGCUGGAGGAGACAGAGCACGACCAGGAGGACGGAGAGCUGGUGCGUCCGCAGGACGGCGCGCCAGAGUCCACGACUCUUGGAGCAGAAGCUGGCAAUGAACCACUCGCGAAGCUCUCGCGCGAGGAGACGCAGCAGCGCCUGGAGUCUUAUUUCUUCCAGAGUAGUGGCGUGUCAGAGGACGAGGUGUUCGAGUUCUUGAAGACGGAGGUGUUUCAAGAGCGCGAGGGGUUCUCCAAGGCCAGGACCCAGCGCCAACAGGACGCAUUGCAUCAGGCUCGUAGUCGACUGGGCGAGUUUGGGGACACCAUGCUCAGCGGAGAAUCCCCUGUUUCAGAGGAAGACGUGUCUUGCUGUGUGGCUGCACUGCUGCGUGAUAAGGCGUUCUUGAACCCCAGCGUCGUGGCUCUUUUCACCGACGCACAGCGCAACAAGCAGAUUACGAAGGAGCUGUCGCACGUACUUACGAUUGAGCUGAGCAAUGUGAAAGAGUGGCGCUGGCCAGAAGAUGGGGUUCACGUCGACAUCCAGCGCGGUAUGAACGGCCGCUUCCGUUGUCUGCUCCAGGAAGAAGCGAUCACGUUGCUGUUGUUCCAUGACAAGCCUUGGAUGAGCGGAACGGCUUCUGUGGAGUCUGUCCGAGCUGACAUGAUGAGGAAAUUUCAAAUGUUUGCGCUUCCGGACUCCAUGAGGGCUGCAGGAAGAAGUCCGUAUGAUGAAGAUGGCACGGAGUCGGACGGUGACGAAGAAGAGGAGGACCAAAAGGCUGAUAAGCAGGAUAUCAUUCGGCGUGUGCUAGUGGAGGCGCAUCUGCAGAGCAUUUUAGCCAGCGACGGGAACAAGCCAUCGCCACUCGUGGCCGUCAUGACCGAUCUCGAGUUCUUUGGACCGUCCGUCUCGCAUGAAGCUGUGUUCGCGAUUCUCCGCUUCUUGGGGAUCCGCGAUGACAUGCUAGGCGUGUUCCGAGCAUACACUAAGAUUCCGCUGCUUUUCCCAGGCUUUGAGGAGCCUAAAGUCAUGCAGCGAGGACUACCUGUUAGCCGGAUGAUGACCAUGCUGCUCGCCGAGGUCAAGUUGUUCGUGAUGGAUUACCUCGUGCUGGUGUCGUCGGACGUGUUCCUGUACCGCUCGCAUGAUGACAUUUGCUUUUUCGACGCCGACGAAGCGAAGGUGCUGCGGGCUUGGAGGGAAAUGCAGCGGUAUGCUCAGCGUGUUGGCCUGGCAUUUAAUGAAGAAAAAAGUGGCUCGAUCCGCCUGUACGCCGGAGCCAGCACCACAGAAGCAGAAGUGGGGUCAGCUCCUCUUCCAGCGACUCCAAUUCGAUGGGGUCUCCUCGAGCUACAGUCAAACGGGUCGGUGAAAAUUCUCCAAGACGAAGUGGAGGCAUUUGCAACUGAGAUGGCGGAUCGAUUGGCUGCUGCCACGUCGACGUUCGCGUGGAUCAACGUGUACAACAAGUACAUGUUCUUCUUUCUCCGCAACUUUGGCAAGCCAUCACCGAUCUUCGGUUUAUCCCACGUCCAGGACGCGUUAUCUACGCUUCGUCGUAUUCACACGCUUGUCUUCCCGAAGACGAAUGGGGACGCGCUAGGCUACCUGCGCGACCAAGUCAUGUCUGGGAGGAGUGGAGCAGCUCCUGCGAUGCCGGCAGCAUGGGCGUAUUGGCCGCUGAACCUGGGCGGGCUGGGGCUUUGCAACCCGUUCUUGGCUGUGUGGGACGUUCAAAACUCGCUGUACGCAUACCUUGAGAUGUAUCACACUCGCGUUGGCCGCGAGUGGCCAAAGCUGAAGAAGGACUGGGAGUGGCAAUCUCCGUUCUCCACCGUGUUUGAAGAGCUGAAACAGCAGUAUGAUGUAUUCGCGGAGCAGACAGAGACGGAGGGAUUCGAGUGGAUCAAGAAGCGCAGCGAGAACGAGCGCUUCGCCUACAUGAAGAGCUCCAAGUUCAGCGACAAGCAGCGGAAUUAUGGCCGCAGCGAGCCCAAGUUGGAUCACAGCUUCACGUUGCGCUCGUUCGAGGAGUAUGUGAAGCUUCUGCCAAGCUUGAUGGACACUCGGCUGUCCACCGAGUUCAACGAUUUGUUGUCCGAGGCCGAGGAGUGCGCGCCACCGCUUCCCAACGGGUAUUUAUCGGAGUGGGUGGCGUUCAUCUACAGCGCGCAAGUGAUGGAGGUCUUCGGGACUCUGUCCUUCUUCAGCCGCGAGCUGCUGCCAGCGCAGCUCAUCGAGUCCAUCAAGAAGAAAACGGUGACAUGGUAG